AUGCCAGUUUAUCCUCGGGUGGCCAUUGAGUUUUGUACGGCGUGCAAAUGGAAUUUACGGGCAGCAUGGUACUUGCAGGAGCUCUUGUCAACGUUUGGCCAUGACCUGGGGGAGGUGGCACUAAUCCCAGCGGCCAGUGGAGUGUUUAGAGUAACUAUAGAGCUCGAGAGCGGGGAAUCAAAAGAGCUGUGGGACCGAAAGAAGCAAAACGGGUUCCCGGAUUCGAAAGAACUCAAGCAACUAGUGCGCAACGUGAUUGAUCCCUCACGCAGCCUUGGGCACUCGGAUACACCAGGCGGUCUCGUGACCGAUUGCACUACCUGCCAGGAGAGUUAG